ACGUGGUCUGGUGUUCACGUGUUGCAGAGUUUCAUUAUCUUGUUAAGUGAAUCGUUGUGUAACUCGCAAGAUGAGGUUCCUCUCCCGUAACCUUAUGGGUCACCUGAGGAACCACGCUGCCAGGAGCGUGGCCGCGACAGGCAGUGUGCGGUACCAGCAGACGGCGCCCAAGAUCUCUUCCACCCGACCGCUCAUCGCCAACGAACCGACGGGCCCUUCCAUUGUGACCAAGACCAUACCGGGGCCUGAGAGCAACAAGAAGCUUCAGGAACUGGCCCAGAUUUCCGAAACCGGAUCAGUGCAACUGUUCGUCGAUUAUGAACGCAGUCUUGGAAAUUAUUUAGUGGAUGUUGACGGAAACACUUUCCUAGAUAUUUACACACAAAUAUCCUCGUUGCCUCUCGGAUACAGCCAUCCCGACCUACUGCGACUCCUUGAUGACCCGGACAAUGUCAAAGCAUUCAUCAAUCGGCCAGCCCUUGGUGCUUUCCCAGGAACAGACUGGACAGACCGACUUCAGAACAGUCUUAUGGCAGUAGCACCAACUGGCCUUCGCAGUCUGUGCACCAUGGCGUGUGGGUCAUGCAGUAAUGAAAAUGCCUUCAAAGCAAUCUACAUAUGGUACCGAACCAAGGAACGAGGAGGUGAUACAAACUUCACCAAGGAGGAGAUGGAGAGUUGUAUGCUUAACAAGACACCAGGAUGUCCACCCUAUACUAUGCUAUCAUUUUCUGGUGCAUUCCAUGGCAGAACCAUGGGAUGUCUUUCAGCAACCCGUUCCAAAGCCAUCCAUAAGAUUGACAUCCCAGCUUUGGACUGGCCCAUGGCAAGAUUCCCUCAGUACAAAUAUCCUCUGGAAGAUUAUGUACAUGAGAACCAACAGGAAGAUGCAAAAUGUCUGGAAGAAACAGAAGAUCUUAUUCACAAAUAUAAUGCUGCUGGUAAGCCAGUUGCAGCUAUAGUGGUAGAGCCCAUACAAGCAGAGGGAGGUGAUAAUCAUGCAUCGCCAGAGUUUUUCCAGGGAUUACAGCAAAUUGGCAAAAGGACAGGUGCAGCACUCUUGAUAGAUGAAGUACAAACUGGAGGUGGUCCCACUGGAAAGAUGUGGUGCCAUGAGCACUUUAACCUUCCAGAAGCUCCUGAUAUUGUUACAUUCAGUAAGAAGAUGCUUACAGGAGGAUAUUACUUCAAAGAAGAGUUCAAACCACCUCAGGGCUAUCGUAUUUACAACACCUGGAUGGGUGAUCCUUCAAAGGUGAUCAUGCUGGAGGAGGUUAUCAGAGUUAUCCAGCGUGACCGUCUGCUAGAAAAUGUUAAUGAAACAGGAGAUAUACUCAUGAAGGGUCUGACAACUCUUCAGAAUCAGUAUCCUCAACACAUCAAUUCGACUCGAGGAAGAGGAACAUUCAUUGCAUUUGAUGGAACAGAUGCUGCAAAACGAGACUCCAUUGUAAACAAAUUAAAACUACAAGGAAUUCAUUCUGGGGGAUGCGGAGAUAAGUCAGUGCGUCUUCGUCCUGCCCUCAUCUUCCAACCUCAUCACGCCAAUAUUUUCCUCAAUAAGCUUGAGACAGUUCUCUCAAAUCUGUAAAAGACUGAAGACUUUAAAUCCAUACUUCAACAACGUACAUAUAGUUUUCAUAAGUCUGAUACAGAUUACUAAAUUUGUUCCUUGGCAUGAAAGAGAGAUGUACACUUAAUCUGCAGACACAGUAGUAUUCAAGUAAAGUAAUAACAUCUGGAAUUGUUAUGCCAAAGGACUUAUCCAAGGCUGUAUUUCCUAUCUCUGCUGACUAGUUUGCUGUUUCUUUAGACAUUAUGAAUAGGUAUGUAUACACAAUUACCUGUGUGUAUACACUUUACUUGUUUCAUGAGAGAGAGAGAGAGAGAGAGAGAGAGAGAGAGAGAGAGAGAGAGAGAGAGACAGACAGACACAGAGAGACAGACAGACAGACACAGAGAGAGAGACAGACAGACACAGAGAGAGAGACAGACAGACACAGAGAGAGAGACAGACAGACACAGAGAGAGAGACAGACAGACACAGAGAGACACACAGACAGACACAGAGAGACACACAGACAGACACAGAGAGACACACAGACAGACACAGAGAGACACACAGACAGACACAGAGAGACACACAGACAGACAGAGAAACACAGACAGAGAGAGAGACAGAGAGACACGGACGGAAAGACAGAGACAGACAGAGAGAGAGAAUGAAUAUAGAGGGAUAUGUAUAUUUGUAUGCUUGCAUAGGAGCAUUGGUUUACUCACAUGUGUGUGUGUGUGUGUGUGUGUGUGUGUGUGUGUGUGUGUGUGUGUGUGUGUGUGUGUGUGUGUGUGUGUGUGUGUGUGUGUGUGUGUGUGUGUGUGUGUGUGUGUGUGUGUGUAUGUGUGCAUGCGUGUGUGUGUGUGUGUGUGUGUGUAUGUGUGCAUGCGUGUGUGUAUAUGGGCAUGGCCAUACUUCAGUGCAGUGCCAGAUUAUAGUGGAGGU